AUGUCCAAGGAAGCCACUACUGCUCAACCUUCAGGGAUGGCCUCCGGCAAACAGCCAGGUGCCGUAAAGCCUAUACUAUCACAGAGGAACAACUCCAUUGUCGACAAUGACCUCGAUGUACCGGAUCUCAGCUUCGGUGUGGAGCUAGAAUAUAUGUUCGCUUCAUUGACCGACCGCAGUGAUGGCAAAGACUGGCCUAAUAUGAGCGCUGAUGGUCGAGGUCAGGAAGUCGUGCGAGAGGCUCUUUCCGGUACUAUGAUGGCGGAGUGCAGAGUGUGUAAGCAAUCAUUUCGCUUCAAAUUGCCGCUCAACACCAAGGCUGGGUGGCCCUACGACGGGGUGAAGCAGCUGGACCCAAACCCGGAUCUUCUCGAUGACUACGAUAACGACUACAUGCUUUGGGACGUCGUGGAGGAAAACCUCUAUGCGCUGGAGCCAGAGCUUCAGAUUCUUGGCGAAAUUGGUGACAAGUACACCUGCACUGGCCUGGAAGUGCGAUCUCGAAUACUGAGCCCACGGAGAGAUCUUGGGGUCCGCGACCCCAGCUCCGCAACUUGCAAGAUUCACAAAAUUUCUUGUCAACAGGAGAUCUCAGCUGUCAUGCACACGUUACGGCGACGCUUCUGCGAUUUCUCGAAUGGUCGCCGGAAUGACUACUUGUUUGCUAACAAACGGUGUGGUCUUCAUGUCCAUGUAGGAACCUACGGAACGCAGUACGAGCUCAAAGAUGUCAAGAACGUCAUGAGCAUGUACGCAGGGUGCGAGAGACUCAUCGACAGCAUUCAUGCUCCGCACAGGAUCUCAUGGACAGACCUCGGGGUUCGUCCUUAUGGUAGCGUCACAGCCGAUGAUCUUGAGCAGAGCAGCGAUUACGAUCGGGACCCGAGUGUGUACAACAUCCCUCUCUCGGCGCCCUUCCUCCUGAAUGUUCACCGUAGACGAUACCCUAAUACGGGGGCAGUCGCCUCUGCCAGUGGAUCGUCCAAGCCGCUAUAUCCGGACACACACAUUUCAGAUGCUGCAAUGAGGCUCGCGUGCUCUUCCCGCCACGUCGGCGCCUGGAUCCAUUUAAUUCAAAUGGCACCUGACAUAGCCGACCUUCAGGCUCUCUACGGUACACGCUCGAAGAAGACAGUGCUUAAUAUCAGGAACUUGCAGGCGAACAACCCUGAGCCUCUCAAGACGACGAUUGAGUUUCGACAGUACGCUUCUACCAUGUUGACUGAGCCGAUUCUGAGCUGGGUGGACUUUGUGGUGAAACUUGUUUACUUCAAUCAGCAAAACUCCUGGGCUACAGUCUACGAAAAGCUUCACAUGGAAGCGGUUGGUGAGGACACGUUCGCACAAUUUGUACUCAUCUGUUCUGAUAUCGACUGUGAUGAGGAGACGAAGAACCAUUACCCGGAGCGACUGCGCCCUAACGUUGGGACCUGGGUACGCAAUCUUCGCGCAGGAGAAAAAGCUCAAGCCCUGGCUGCGAAGCCGGACAGUGACUCUCUCGCCGCUCUUGCCCUUCACAGCAUCGAGGAGGAGCGGAAAGACAUGGAUGAGCGUAGUGCGAGGCGAAAAAUGUGUUCCAAGCUUAGGGAAGGUGGGUACGGCCAAUUUGAUGCCGGUGUUGCUGACAAGAUUGCGUUAGAACUGGGCUUCUGGCUCAUUGACGAAGAAGCGCAGCAACUUACAAUCGGAUUUGAGCCCCAGCAUUUCAGCCACUACUUCCGACACCCUCUGCCACAGACAGUCCACCGACCGCCUCCUUCUGAAGGCGGCUUCGAAGAAGACUUUGGUUCUCCGACGCCUUCCACAGCGAGCAUGCGAGUACGGGGUACCACUCCGUCCUCGCUCGGCUCACCAUAUGGGUACAGUCCAUCUCCGCCACCGCCGCUGCUGGCUGGCAAAGUGCGCUCCACCACUCCAGACCCUCGCAGCGCUCAGGGCCGGGACGAGUCGUAG